AUGGAGCUGAGAGGAAUGAAAUACCAUCCCAUUGACAUUGAAACGUCCAUCAUCAGAGCACACCGCAAUAUCACAGAAUGGACGGUGGUGUUUUCAGUGACUGUACUGUAUGAUGAGAGGAUUGUGCUGGUGGCAGAACAAAGACCAGAUUCCACUGAAGAAGAGAGUUAUCAGUGGAUGAGCCGAGUGCUGCAGGCUAUAGAUGGGAUUCAUCAGGUUGGGGUUUACUGUCUGGCACUGGUUCCUGCUAACACUCUUCCCAAAACCCCUCUGGGAGGAAUCCACCUGUCUGAGACCAAGCAGCUAUUCCUGGAGGGGGGCCUUCACCCUUGCAGCAUCCUCAUGUGUCCUCACUCCUGCAUCACCAACCUGCCCAAACCCAGACAGAAACAACCCGAGGUGGGUCCUGCCUCAGUGAUGGUGGGGAAUCUAGUUGCGGGGAAACGAAUGGCUCAGGCCAGCGGACGAGAUUUGAGUCACAUGGAAGACAAUGAGCAGUUUCUCUUUCUGUCGGAGAUGCUGCAGUGGAGAGCUCAGACAACACCAGAGCACAUACUGUACACACUCAUUAACUCAGGGGAGCAGUAG